AUGAUCAAUAUCAGUAGGAGGGUAAUUUGCUCACCUUUGAAAAAGAUCAAUUCUCAUUGGUUGUUAUCCAUUCCGUCAUCUUCAUCGUCAUCAUCAAUUAAAUUUUCUCUUAAUGAUGAUUUGGAUAAGAAUUUGAAAAGAAAUUAUUCCAAACUUCCUGCAGUGAUUACAGCAGCAUUAACGGGUGAUGUACCAACAAAGAAUAAACACAUGAAUGUUCCGAUUACACCUGAAGAGAUUGUUCAUGAUGCUUGUGAGGUAUUUGAGGCUGGUGCUCGAAUGAUUCAUGUUCAUGUGAGGGAUGAUGAAGGAAAACCAACAUGUAAGGCUGAAUAUUAUGAAAGAGUAUUGGAAGGAGUGAGGAGAGAUUGUCCUGAUAUGAUUUUACAAUUUUCUACUGGAAAUUAUUGGCCAAACUUGGAGGAGAGAGUGAAAUGUUUCACUUUGGAUAAGAAACCAGAGAUGGGAUCUUGGACUCCUGGUUCUGUUAAUUUUUUACCUUCUAGAAAGAGUACAGACAUUUAUUGGAAUACUAAUGAAGAUCUUGAACAAAUUAUUAAGGUAUUCAAGCAGAAUGGUGUCAGACCUGAUGUUGCCAUCUUUGAUGCCUCCAUGCUGUAUAGAACUCACAUGAUGUACAAGCUUGGGUGGAUUCAAGGCCCAGUCCGAUUAAUGUUCGUAUUUGGAGGUUAUAUGGCCAUGCCUGGUAGACCCUCUCUUAUCAAGUUUUUAAUUUCAGAAUGUGACAGCCUAUUUGGACCAGGAAAUUACACGUGGUGUGGUGUUGGUGUAGGAUGGAAUCAUACUGAAUUCCAGAAAAUUACAUUGGAAUUGGGAGGACAUCCAAGAACAGGAUUUGAGGACAGUUUCCUUAUCAAGAGAAGAGUAAUUGCCAAAAAUAAUAGACAACUCGUUGAGCAUUUAGCUCAAUUAUGUGAGGAAAACGAAAGACCAGUAGCAACUGCAGAGCAAGCUAGAAAGAUUCUUGGAUUGGAUGUUCCAGUCGAUACUAACAUUGAGGGACUUGUGCUACCUACCGAAUCUAAAUCGACAGUUAUUGGAUGGAAUAAGAAUGAUAAUGGAAAGGAUGACUUUUAUCAAAAAACUGUUUAAUAGGAAGAAAUCAAAUCGUUACCAUUGUAUAUUUAGAAAUUGUAUAUUAUUAUUAUUUGGAAUAUUUGUAACGAAAUUAUUUCACACAAUUAUUGAAUACAGAGAAAGUUUUUC